ACACGCAUAACGACCACUUGAGCCAUCAGUGACCCGGCAGAGGAUCCAACAAUCAUCGGAAUGAUAACCUACUGAUGAACCGGCAAAUGAAUGGACAAGUUCAUCGGAAUGAUAACCUACUGCUGAACCGGUCGGUCCCUGUGUCAUCCUCUAUCCUCCGGUUCAUACUGAAUGGAAUCGGUUGCUAAUAUAGUAUCCGGUUUUACUGGAGACCUGACCGAGAUGUUGAGUUUGCGCGUGCGCACGACGAGCCUUGUAUGAGGGUCACUGCUAGUUCCACCACUGGAUCUACUGACCUGUUGCCAAAGCCGAUGCUUCUUCGUUCUUCUUCUUCAGUUGGAGUAGACUGACCGGCGACGUAACUUCUUCCUUUCUUCCUCCAACAUUCUGCUAAUCAGGAUGGAACGAGGUACUACUCUACUGCUUCUGUUUGUCACUUUACUUUCAUCACUAGUUCUGAUCGCUGCUCAAGAUUUCGAAUCGGAACCAUUGUCGGAUGAUGAGAAAGAAUCUCAAGAACUGCAAGAAGUUGCUGGUCAAGCUCAUCAUAUUCAGCAGCAAGAGUCAACAGGUGUGAGAAAAGUGACAUCCAACAAAAAAGGUGAUGCACAUGGAGGCCAUGGUGGACACGCUAAAAAAGGAAGGAAAAAGAAGAAGAAGGAUAGUGCUCUGAAGAAGUUCCUUCCACUGUUGCUCAUCCCGUUCAUCAUCCAGACCAAACUCAUCCCAAUUUUCCUGAUGAAGCUGAAAAUGAUAGCAAUCAAGGCUUUCCUGGUUGGAAAACUGGCUGUUUUUCUAGUCAUGUUCAAUAUGGCGCGCAGCAUGUUGAUUGGCAGACAAUCAGUUCACAUCGACACCAAAUAUUCAAUGGAUCACUUAGCAAAGGAGCAUUACGGAUAUGAUGGGAGUCCGGAGUAUGGUUCCUGGGUAAACAGCUGACCAAUACCAAAUAUUAUAAAUUAUUGAAUUCGAUUUCUGAAUGAAAAUAUUAUUUCUGUUCGUUUUAUGAACAUGAGACACUGUUUAAUCUGUUUCCAAUACAGAUCUGAAUGAAUAUCAUAGCAUUGACAUGAAGUUACAUUCUAAACACUGGAGUAACACUGUAAAAUACGAUAAAAACUAUUAUGGGGUUCAGGACGAAAUUUCCUGAAUGAUCUGUUACACAAUUAUUAUCAGUCUUUUGGAAAUACUAUGAAAAAUAAUUCUUAAUUUGAUGCACGAAAACGGCUUUCGUGUAUAACUUAUCAAAAUAUGCUAUCAACAAUACUCUGCUAAGAUCAAUAUUAUGUAUUUUCUAAUAAAAGAAAAAUGGAAUAUAAUAAAAAUUUUCCUCAUAAUAUGAAAAACAUAUUUUUGAGUAGGUAUUAUUUGGAUACCGGUAAGAAAAGCUUUACAAGUACGUUCCCUGAGAACAAUAUUUUCCUUUUUGGAAAAAAGGUGUUUUCCCAUAUGGUAACCAAUUGUUAAUUUAAACCAAUAUAUACCUCUAUUCAUCGUACGAAUACGAUAAUGUGUUUGCUACUACAUAAUUCAUAUUUUGUUAAGGAUGUUCAAAAACCCGUUUGAUAAACUCUAUUUCAACUGUUUCUAUUGCAAGUAAAAUCUUACAUCAACA